GUAGUAGUGAAAUAAGUCAGGAGAUGGACCUUGAGUCUCAAGAGACAGGGCCAGCGAUUCCAGCACCAAGAAAGAUUUUCCGGCCUGUUGUUUUGGUUAUACUAGCUGUGCGCACUUUCUCCUCCAAAGCCUUCAACAAUAAGGAGUCUAUUGAUUCUCUAGGAGUCUCGCUGUUAUCUCCAUCUCACAGGAACUUGGAGGUACCUGAAAUUGAAGAAAUCUCACCAACACGUCAAGUUUGUCUUGAUAUCCCUUCCAAUUAUGAGGUCGGCAAUGCAACGAGCGAUAUCAAACAACAACAUGAAAACAUUGCCAAUAUAGUAAAGGGACGGGACCUACAUUCCUUGCAUGCAUUUGGUGGCGUCCGAGGUAUUGCAGAGGCUUUUCAGACAGAUUUAGAGAAUGGAAUCACUGGAGAGAUUGAAGAUCUAAGUCGACACAGAGCCAAUGCAGUCUACGAAACUCCAGUCCCUGCAUCAAGAAACUUCUUGAAGUUGCUCAUGAAAUCCAGCAAUAGGCACACCAUCUUCCUUCUCAUUGUAUCAGCAGCGCUGUCCCUUGGCUUCGGGAUCAAGGAGGAGGGCCCGAGGACUGGUUGGUAUGAAGGAGUCCUCAUAACCCUUGCAAUCAUCGUACUUGUGAUUGUUCCAGCUGUGCGUGGAUUUCUGGGUGAAAAUUCAGAGAACCUGUUAGGAGAGCGGAGACAACGGAGAAAAGAGAGAUGGAAGUCAAUGUUUUAAGAGGAGGAAAACAGCUGAAAUUAACAGCGUUAGAUCUUGUGAUUGGAGACAUAGUUUCCUUGAAAAGGGGGUGCCCUAUUCCUGGGGAUGGUUUGUUUGUAUCUGGCGAAGACUUAAAAUUGGAUGACAGCUUUCCAUCCAUUGUUAAUAAAGAUAAUCCAUUUCUCUUC